CUUGUUGGUAGGCGGAAGGGUAAGCACCACAGGCUAACGGUUGAGGCUCAAUUUGGAACUGUCUCAUAUUUGCUACCUUAAACAAAACAGUUUUAGCAGCACUUAUGGCUAGCUCCAGGGCCACAGAAACGAAGCGGGAACAGUUUAGAAGAUACCUGGAGAAAUCAGGAGUUCUGGACUCUUUAACCAGCGUGCUUGUGGCUCUUUAUGAAGAACCAGAAAAACCAGACAAUGCACUUGACUACAUAAAGGUCCACCUGGGGGGGGUGGUGUGUGCAGAGCCGACGGACACUGAGGUCCUGCAGACAGAGCUGGCCGAUCUACAGCAGAAGUUAAAUCUGCUGAUGGAGGAGAACAAAGAGCUGAGGAACAAGUUGCUGCAGUAUGAGCCGUCGCCUGAAGAGGGAGCUCCACAGCAGCCGGAAGGCGUGGUAUAAAAAGAACAUUAAAGUUGUUGUUUCCUUUGUA